AUGGGCGACCUGGCGUCGACGGACCGGGUCUUCAGCUCGAGGUCCUCGGACACGAUCGUCUUCGGCGUGAACUUCCUCGACUACCUCGCGGCGUUCUUCAGCUGGGUCGGCUGGUUCCUCUUCGUGCUCUGGGGCGGCAUCGGCCUCGCCUGCCUGCCCAUCGACCUGAUCCUGGCCUACGUCUACCGGCCCGUGCCCAUGGACGCGCGCGAGAUCGCCGAGUACAAGCUCCAGAUCCAGAAGCGCGUCGCGGAGCUCAUCGACGUCGGCGGCCAGCUCCAGGGCGAGCGCGCGCGCCGCGGGCAGAACGCGCGGGACCAGGUCAAGGUGAACAAGUUCGCGCAGAUGGUCUUCAUCCUGGAGACGGAGGUCGAGGAGCUCGAGAUCAUCUCGGGCCGCGCGAAGGACUACGAGCCGCUCGUCUACGUCGGCUACCUGUUGCUCGGCGUCGUCGCGGCGGUCCACAGCCUGCUCUGGGUCGUCCACAUCAUCGUCUACAUGCUCGUGGACCCGGCGCCGACGCCCUUCCUCAACGACUACCUCAUCCAGUUCUCGAGCUGGUACCCGCUCUUCGGCUCGCUCGCGUGCGCGCUCUUCACGUUCUACCUGCUCUGCGCGACGAUGAAGGGCUGCCUCAAGUUCGGGACGCGCUUCUUCCUCAUCAAGCUCCACCCGAUGAAGUACAACGGCACGUACCUGAACUCGUUCCUCUUCAACGUCGGCCUCUUCGGCAUCUGCGCCUUCCCCGUCGUCCAGUUCUGCACCGCGGCCUUCGCGGACUACGCGCGCUUCUCCGACGCGGCGACGCGCUUCAUCGUCGUCAAGCACCUCGUCUUCUUCAAAUCCUUCUACGACACCAUGGCCUUCGAGUACGCGCUCAUGUCCGUGCUCGGUCUCGCGCUCGUCUGGCUCUUCAUCGCGCCCCACGACGUCCCCGCGUCCACGUCCAAGCUCAAGGCGUCCCUGGGCAAGGCGAAGCCGCGGGCGACGUCCGACGUCUUCGGGGCCUCGUCCUCGAAGUACACGGCGCACAACGUCCUCUAG